AGCAGUGUUGGAUCAGGGUUGGCUGGAGCAGCAGGCACUGGAGUUUAAACCAAACCAAUGACGAUGACGUCAGGGGAGGAAAUGGAACAUGGAGCCUGGGGCUCUUAAAACACACUUCUCACUGGAUUCAACUGCACUGAACGUACUCACGGAUUUACCAUCUAUCCGACUGCAAGGAUCGCACUUCUUGGCUUUAGAUUAUACAUUUCUCCUGUAUGUUUCGUGCAGCGUCUUUACAGUUAUGACCGGCCACUAUACGAUAGCCUAUUAGGCACAAAUCCCAAAGUGAAAAAUAACUUUACGCCUCCAGUUUCACAAGAAUGGUUUUAUUGUUCGUCAUGUGGAGAUAUCGAGUAUAACGAUCCGUUUUAGGGAAUUAUAGAAUAACAACCACGUCGCAAUUAUUUCACCUUAAUUAAAGAACACACUGUGGCAAGCCAAAUGUGCAUUGCCCACAGGAAGAAAAAAAAAGUUUAUGUGAUCAGAUUUCCUUGAGUUGUGAGAUUGUUAUCUUGGGAUGGCUGCAGCUGUCUCGUAGUGGAGGAGCGAGAGCUCCACUUUGACGGGCGACAAAGAAAAUGUAGCGAGUUUAAGUAAUAUUUUACCGGCGGAUCUGCUUCUUCGCGGAAACUACUGGACAAUCGACCGAUAUCGAAAACAGGAGAAGGUAUGGAAAACAAAGGAGGAUAUUCGACCGUUUCUUUUCGGACUGGAAUUGUGAAUUGAGUCAGUAGUAUGACCAUGACUUGAGAGUGCUGACCAGUGUCUCUGACUGUUUGUAUUUGUCGCAAAGAUCGAGAGGGCGCGUUUAGUUAUAAACAACAACGUAAAGCUUCUAGGCUAUAUGCUAAUUGAACCCCCUCUUCUUGCCUUGUGAAUUUCAACGAAGAAAGGAGUAAUGUCGGUGGGCGCUACUUGCGUCCUUUUCCUGGCUUUUGUGCUGUUUCGAGACGCGAGCUCCGCAGGAUCAUCUGAAUGUAAAUCAUAUGACGAACGCUCUAGAAAUGCAGGGAAAAGCUCCCCGUCUGGGGCCACACUGGACAGGAAAGUGGCCUGCAGUAAUAUGGAACUCCAUCAAGUGCCAUCUCCAGAAUCAUUUCCUAACAGGACAGUCUCACUGAUUUUGAGCAACAAUAAAAUCCAGGAAAUUCUGAACGGCUCUUUCACUGGUUUGUCAUCACUGGAAAGACUGGACAUAAAGAACAACAUAAUCACGCAUAUUGAACCAGGAGCUUUUUAUGGACUUUUUGCCCUCAAAAGACUUGACUUGUCCAAAAACCUGAUUGGCUGCCUCCAUGUGGAUGUUUUUAAGGGUCUCACAAACCUUGUCAAGCUUAAUCUUUCAGAGAACAAGUUUUCAUCACUGUCUCAAGGGAUCUUUGACAGUCUUGGCUCUUUGAAAAUACUGGAGUUUGAUAGCCCUUAUCUCCUGUGUGACUGUAACCUACAAUGGUUGGUGGUCUGGAUCAAAGAGAAGGGGGUGGGCGUGAAGGAAACGCGCUGCUCGUUCCCUCGUUCCCUUCAUGGCCAGCUUAUAACCUCACUGAGACCUGAAACACUCACCUGUGAUGCUCCUCUAGAGCUUCCCUCCUUCCAAAUGACUCCCUCCCAGCAUCAGAUUGUCUUCCAGGGAGAUAGCCUGCCAUUCCAGUGUAUGGCCUCUUUUGUGGAUGAGGACAUGCAAGUUUUGUGGUAUCAGGAUGGAAAGAUAGUGGAACCUGAUGCCACUCAGGGUAUCUACAUAGAGAAAAGCAUGGUGCAAAACUGCUCCCUAAUAGCCAGUGCUCUGACCAUCUCCAACAUCCAGCCGGGAUUCACAGGAAACUGGGAGUGUCGUGUGCGCACCAGUCGAGGAAACAACACCAGGACGGUCCACAUUGUGGUCUUGGAGAGUUCUGCCAAGUACUGCUUGCCAGAUCGGGUGUCAAACAACAAGGGGGAGUAUAGAUGGCCCCGUACACUGGCUGGCAUCACGGCAUACCUGCCCUGUAAGCGUCAGGUGACUGGUACUGGCAUCUAUUUGGGCAGCUCUGCAGAAGAGCGGCGGGCAUGGAGACGGUGUGACCGGAGUGGGCAGUGGGUGGAAGAGGACUACACACGCUGUGAAUAUAUGAAAGAUGUUACACGUGUGUUGUUUAUCAUCAAUCAGAUGCCUCUGAACCUGACCAAUGCAGUUCAGACUGCACAGCAACUGUUGGCAUACACUGCAGAGGCACCCAACUUUUCAGACAAGGUGGAUGUGAUCUUUGUAGCAGAAAUGAUUGAGAAGAUCAGCAAGUUUGCUGAGAAGUAUAAAGAGCUGGGAGAUGUGAUGGUGGAUAUCUCCAGUAAUCUGAUGCUGGCUGAUGAGCGAGUGUUAUGGAUGGCUCAGAGGGAGGCCAGAGCUUGCUCACGUAUUGUUGAGUGUCUUCAGAGAAUUGCUGUUCUCCGGCUUAGUAAUGGGGCCCUGGCUUAUUCUACUAACUCUCAUAACAUUGCCCUGGAGGCACAUGCAAUCAAAGUCAGCAGCUUCAAUGGCAUGACCUGCACACUGUUCCAGAAGUUGGCACCAGACCGCACAGUCAUGGCCCACUUCCCUCCCCGUGACCCUGACAUCAACCUAGAUCGUCAGCUCAGCUUCAAAUGCAAUGUCACCAGCAAUCUGUCAGCACUAGCUCUCAAAAACACCAUAGUGGAGGCGUCACUACAGCUUCCCCCGUCUCUCUUCUCAUCUCUUGGAAGUUCAGGUCAGGCCGAAGAGGCUGUCUACAAGCUCCACCUGCUAGCCUUUCGGAAUGGCAAACUCUUCCCGCCAACUGGCAACUCCACCCUCCUCAGUGAUGGCAGCAAGAGAAAAAGUGUGGUCACCCCUGUGAUCCUCACAAAGAUUGAGGGCUUCCCACUGAAGAGCCUGCAGAAUCCAGUGAAUGCCACUCUCAGACACUUCCUGCAGGGCUCAGAUGCUGUGCCCGCCUGCUGGAACUUCAGUCUACUGGGGGGACAGGGCGGCUGGCAGAGUGAUGGCUGCCGGAUCAUCCAUCAAGAUGACAACUUCACCACCAUGUCCUGCGACUCACUUAAUAACUACGCUCUACUGAUGGAUCUUAACAGGACUGGGUACGAUGCGUACAGCUUAAAGCCUCUUCACCCUGUUAUCUACGCCACAGCCAUCGUACUGGUGCUCUGCCUGAUGUCAGUCAUAGUCAGCUAUAUUUACCACCACAAGUCAGUGCGUAUUAGUAAGAAGUGCUGGCAUAUGUUGGUUAACCUUUGCUUGCAUAUCCUCCUCUCCUGUGCUGUGUUUGUCGGCGGCAUCAACCAAACAUACAAUGCAAGUGUUUGCCAAGCGGUGGGGAUAGUACUGCAUUACUCCACACUGGCUACAGCCCUAUGGUCAGGAGUUACUGCACGCAACAUCUACAAGCAAGUGACACGCAAGGCCAAGCGCUACGAGGAGCUGGAUGAGCCUCCGCCUCCACCCAGACCGAUGCUGAGAUUCUACUUGAUAGGAGGAGGUAUACCAAUCAUUGUCUGUGGAAUAACAGCUGCUGCUAACAUCAAAAACUAUGGCAGUCAAGUCAAGGCUCCUUACUGUUGGAUGGCAUGGGAACCCAGUCUUGGUGCUUUUUAUGGGCCUGCAGCCUUCAUUGUUUUUGUGGACUGCAUGUACUUCCUCAGUAUUCUCAUUCAGCUCCGUCGACACCCUGAGCGCCGUUUUGAACUCAAAGAACAAUCUGAGGAGCAGCAUCAUCUCUCUGUUGCUGAGGCAACUGAAAUUACACCUGCUCUUCUGGAGUCCUCAUCUGCAGGUGCCAUACAACCGGUAUUAAUGUCCGCUUUGGAGAACGAACAUACAUUUGGGGCCCAACUCCUCAGUGUUGCAGGGUCCCUUGCUCUUUAUGUUGCACUGUGGGUUUUUGCCGCUCUCGCCGUGUCCCAGGAGAGCCCAGCUGACUUGGUGUUUGCUUGCCUGUUCGGGGCCACUGCUUUGGCCCUUGGGGCGUUUCUUGUGGCCCACCACUGCCUGAAUCGUCAAGAUAUGCGUCGGCAUUGGUCACGGGCUUGUUGCCUGGGCCGACAGAACUAUGCUGUACAGGUUGAUGCUUUGCUUGUGCCUGCUUCAGGGUCUAGUGGAUCUGUUUUGAUGUCCAGAGGAAAUGGUGAGGCUGCCAAGUGCCCUGCCAGCAGUGCUGAAUCUUCAAGCACCAAUAAGAGUGCACCAAAUGUCCGUAACUCCACCCAGGGUUGUAAGCUAACCAAUCUGCAGGUAGAAGCUGCCCAAUGCAAAGCGACCCCUUCAACUGGCAAUGUGGCCACUUUACUGGACAACAGCCUGACAGAGCAUUCAGUGGACACCGAGAUUACGAUGCAUGUUGCACCUGUUGAGGUCCAGUAUCGCCCUAGCUCUGUCAACAACAACAAUCAUCCAGGAACGGGCAAUGCAAACAUUAAUGGCCACUCAGGAAGACAUCACAAGAACAGGGCACGAGCACAUCGCGCCAGCAGGCUCACGGUUUUGCGCGAGUACUCCUAUGACGUCCCUACCAGUGUUGAGGGCAGUGUGCAGAGUGUCCCCCAAAAGCGGCAUCACCAUCAUGAGAGUCUGCAUGCACGCAACAGUCGACGGGCAGCGUACCUGGCUUACCGUGAGCGGCAGCAGAGCCAGCUUCAACAAGACAGCAGCGAUGCCAGUGCGACUUUACCCCAUCGGUCACGCCAUAUUGAUAAGGGGACAAACAAAGGUGGAGGCCUACGUUUGGGCAACGGCCUGGGUAACAGUUUGGGCAACGGCCUUGGUAAUAGUUUUGAGCAUGGACUCAGCAGCAACUUAGCCAAUGGGGUGAGUAAUGGGGGUGUAGUCAGAGUAGGGGAGGAGGGGUCUGGGACUGAUGUCACCAGCCAAACUAGAGACUGUCCAAAACAUCCCCUCCCUGUUGAGCUGGAGGUACAGCCAAAGUCUUACGGGUUGAAUCUAGCAUGCCAAAAUGGACCUGCCAAAGACUUAGAGAGACUCCAGAAUUUGUCACCCCUGAAAAUUGAGAGUUCUGGGACAAUUAAGACUGGCUUGUGGAAACAUGAAACUACUGUGUAGCGAGAUUCCCCCCUGAAAGACUACAUAUUAUGACUUUUACCUAUGUAACUGUGAAACAUGUAUUUUAUUAUUUCAAUUCAAAUGGUACAGUUUGUAAAAAUAGUUUUCUAAAGAAUUUGCAUUUAAUUGUUUAUUUUCAAAAUACAAAGACAUAUAGUUUCCCAUAUGGCUGUGAAUCAUGAUGCUCUAUUUUUGUAUCAUUUAAGCCCAUUUUGUAUUUAAUUCUUACAUUUUAUAUGUGAAGAUGCAUGAUGUGCUGCCACCCUUUAAAUAUAUUGAGGGUUAAUACUUUACUGUAUAUCCCUAGUAAAAAAAAAAGUAUUUUUGGAAUGUUUAUCUUAAUUUGUAAUGAUCCUGAAUGCUAUUUACUCAUAUGAUUCCAACAGAACACAAAACAGCAACUAGAUUUUUUUAACACAUAGCUCACAAUAGGACAAUUAGGUUGCAUGUAGGAUAAAAUGUCCCUGUAAAACAUCACAAAAAUAAAGAAACUCUU